AUGAACGUCUGGACUGAACACCGUAACCCUGAGGGUCGGACCUAUUGGUUCAACACAGGCACCAGAGAAAGUGUCUGGGAGAAACCAGAUGACCUAAAGACUCCGUUCGAGCGUGCCCUAAAUCAGACAAAAUGGAAGGAGUAUUUCUCUGGCGGAAGGAAGUACUACUACAAUACCGAUUCGAAGGAGUCAAAAUGGGACAUGCCCGACGAGCUGCUCCUGCUGCUCGAAAAAGUCGAGAAGGAAGCCAAGGCACAGCAAUCCGCCGCUCUCGCACCGAACCGCCUAACAGCGCCCGCGUUCACGUCGGGGGGUAACCUCCCUGCUGCAAUCCAAGGUGCACCUGGCUCUCUGGGCGGAACUGACACAUCCUCAUCCGCACCCGGUUCGCAGCCACAGACCAAUGGCCACACCGCCGCCGAGCUCGCCGUCGGGCACCACACCGGCGGCUUGCCCUUCCAGUCAUCCAGCAUCCUCCCGGCACGACCGAACCUCCCAGACGACCCAGUGAUCCCGCACAACGGGUUCCAGACGGUCGAGGAGGGUGAGAAGGCGUUCGUUCACCUCCUGCGCAAGGCCGGCGUCGACGCGCGCUGGACGUGGGACCAGACGAUGCGUGCCAUCAUCACGGACCCUCUGUACAAGGCACUAAACACUCUUGCUGAGAAGAAGGCGGUCUAUCAGAAGUACACGGAGGAUCUACUGGCAAAAGAGGUCGAAGAGCGUGAGGCGCGUCUCGCAAAGUCACGGCCAGCCAUCCGGAACAUGCUGAGGGGCAAUCCGAGCGUCUUCCACUACACGACGUUCGCGACGGCCGAUAAGCUCUUCUCACAGCACCCUAUCUGGCAGAUGGCCAAGAUCGAGGCCGAGCGGAAGCUCAUCUUCGAGGAGUACGUCGCCGAGCUGAAGCAGCGUGAAGUGCAAGAGAGCCGCGCCUCUCGCGCGCGCAGCGUCUCAAAGAUUGUUGCGCUCUUCAAGCGCCUAGACGUCGACGUUACGACGCGCUGGCGCCAGGCGUACAACCUCGUUCUCGACUCGGACGAGUGGCGCGACGACGAGGAGCUGCAGAAGCUGCCCACGCUCGACAUCCUGCUCGCGUUCGAGGACUACAGCCGCGUCCGCGAGCGCGAGUUUGAGGAGCAGAUGCGCAAGAUGCAGGUCGAGAAGACGCGCAGGGAGCGCAAGGCGCGCGAGGCAUUCAAGGCAUUGCUGCAGAGCUUGGUGGAUUCUGGGAAGCUCAAGGCGCGGACCAAGUGGAAGGAGGUGUACCCACUCUUAGCAAACGACAUUCGCUACCUCGACAUGCUCGGGAAACCCGGCUCCAACCCCAUUGAGCUCUUCUGGGACACCGUCGACGCGCUCGACCAGGAGCUCGACGCCAAACUCGCCGUCGCGGAAGACGCUAUCCGGCGGCACAACAAGAAGCUCGAAGCUCAAGCCUCUGGUGCAGAGAAGACGGAAGGCACAGAUGCGAAGAAGGGGGAGCGUGCAGUGCCACUUUUCAAGGUUGUCUCUGAGACUACCGAGGAAGAAUUCAUGGCUGUCAUCAAGGCCGAAGCGGAUGACGCAGUGCGCGCGUUGAAGACGGGCGAGCUGCUGCAGAUAUUCCGUACGCUACACGAACAAGCGGUGAAGCAAGAGGCAGACGAAAGGCGCCGUGCUGAACGGAGACAGCGCCAUCUGCAGGACGAUCUCCGUUACGCACUCAAGAAGUUCCCCGAACCCAUUGACAUCAGCCUGCCUUACGAAGAGGUCGUGCCGUUGAUCCAAGAAUUGCCCGAGUUCAAAGCGCUCGAUGACGACGAAGGACGGAGGGCCUCUUUCGCGAAGUUCGUCAAAAGACAGAAGGAACGCCUCCGCGAGCGCGAGCGCGAAGUAUCGGAGGACGGUGGCUCGGCUACGAGUCGGAAGCGAAGAGAGGCGCGCGAAGAUCGCGAACGUGAACGCGAGCAUGAUCGUGAUCGUGAUCGCGACCGGGAACGGGAGCGUGAGCGUGAGUACCGCGAGCGCGAUGUGGAACAUAUCGACCGAGACAGUCGCAGCUCGCGGCAUGCACGCCCACAGGAGGAAUAUGAGGCACACGGACAUCGAUCCUCGCGAGACUACCCCCGCGAGCGCGAGUACUCGAAAGAGAAGGCAUACUAUGGGCGGGAGAAGGAAAGGGAGAAGGAGAGCGUGAAGGAGCGGGACUAUGCUUACAGGUCAAAAUCCCAUCGCGAUCACGACCGGGAUGACAGGAGACGUGAUAGGAGAGGCUCCAGGGGAGCUUUAGAUGGGCUCGGGGGCAGAGAGUGGGACGAGGGCUCUGCGUACGGUCAUGAAGCUCCACCAUUCCGCGAGGAGAGGGAGCGGAGUGCCUCGGUGUUUCGCGAAGAGCCCAGAGAGAAGAGAGAUCGUGCGGCAUAUGAGGAGAAACCUUUCGAGGAGAGAGCAGAGAAGAGGGCACGUUACAGCAUACCCCCCGAAGCACCACAGGAGGAAAUCAAGGUCAAGCAAGAGCCUCCUCCGCGUGCAGAGACGCCAGAGGAGGGCGAGAUAUGA